AUGUGGGAGCAACGGAACUCUGUUCAACAUUCGGAUGACAACGUUCAACUAUGUGAACGUCAUAGCACUGUCAAUGAGGGGAUUCACUCACAGUUUGAUAUGGGUCCCGAUGACUUGCCUAGGGAAAUUCGACCGAUGCUAACCAGCCGCCGACAAGUUCUUUGCAAGUCAUUGGUGGACAAGGAAGAGUGGCUGAAGCUGCCUUUUCAGGAGCGCAGAGACUUCCGUCGCUCCAGAAAGCACAACGCCGCAGUCUGCGGACAAUUUUUCCCCCGGGACCCUGACCAACUUUUCGCGGGACCUUCUGAGCCCCGAAUUCACCCCGCCACGUCGCGGGAGAAGUCCUUACCCUUUUGGUAG